GCAUAAUGUCUAAUUGGUUUCAAGGUGUUUGAUUUCCCAGGAGGCGUCUCUUGCAUAGUAAAGAAAACCGGUUUUGUCUCUUGAACGGCUCAGUCACAAUACCUGUGAACACCAGGCACUGUCACUGUAUGCCUUUGUCCAGGCUGACAAGUGUCAUCUAUGGGGCUGGCUGCAAUGAAUAAAGAAGGGGUGUGUACUGGAGAUUAGCACUCACACACCCAGCAGAGUAGGAAGUGAUUGUACACUGGGGAUUUCUCCUGCCAGCAAAGCUAGUGGCACUGUGUACCAGCUGUGAUCCCUCGCACCCAGCCAGGGUCUGGUGGCAGCCCUGCAGGAAACUGAUGACAACUUUCUAUGAACAGCCAAUCAGUCCGUCCCUUCGCCCCUCUCUGAUUAAGGGGAAGUGGACAUUGGGGGUCCAAUGGCUUCCCUACCUGACAACCUAACAUUGUCGGACAACAGUACGGGGAUAGCCAGCCUCUGGAAUGGCGCAAACGAGAAUGAAAUCCUUGGCAUCAUCUUAUCAAUUGUUGGAAGUUUCCUAAUAAGUAUAUCUCUUAAUGUGCAGAAAUACACACAUGUCCGAUUAGCCCGACAGGAGAACCCCAUCCCAUAUUACAGAAGCAAGCUGUGGUGGUGUGGAAUGUUACUAAUGGGCAUUGGUGAACUGGGCAACUUUGCUGCUUACGGCUUUGCCCCAGCAACCCUCAUCGCUCCCUUGGGAUGUGUCGCUGUUAUAGGAAGUGCGGCGAUCUCUGUUGUGUUCUUAAAGGAAUCGUUGAGGGCCUCUGAUGUAAUAGGUGGGGCCUUAGCAGUUACGGGAACAUAUCUUCUGGUGACAUUUUCACCGAAUGUAUCUCAGGAUAUAACAGCACUGAAAGUAGAGCGAUAUAUUAUGAGCUGGCAGUUCUUAAUUUACUUGAUCCUAGAAGUGAUUGUGUUCUGCAUCUUGCUCUACGUGUACAAGAGGAAAGGAGUGAAUCACAUUGUGGUUUUGCUACUUCUGGUAGCUUUGUUGGCCUCGGUGGCAGUGAUUUCAGUUAAAGCAGUUGCUGGCAUGUUAGCGAUGACCUUGAAGGGGGAAAUGCAGAUGACGUACGCCAUAUUCUACGUCAUGGCUGUCCUAAUGAUUGCUUCUUGUGUCUUCCAGGUCAAGUUCUUAAAUCAAGCAAUGCAGCUUUACAAUGCAACGGAGGUGGUGCCAAUUAACUUUGUGUUCUUCACAACCAGCGCGAUACUCGCAGGAAUAAUAUUUUAUCAGGAAUUCCGAGAUGCAGCAAUAUUGAAUAUAUUUAUGUUUGUUUUUGGGUGCUUUUUAUCUUUCUUUGGGGUUUUCCUAAUUGCAAGAAACCAAAAGAAGCAUUCUUUCCAAGAACCGUAUAUAAACUUUGGUGAGAUUCCCGGAAAGGAAACAGUGGAUAAAAUCCAACCAAAUUCAAACAGCAUUACAUAUGGGACUCUGCUUAAUUAGUUACUCACACAGCAGCUAAAGCAAAAGAGAUGAAAGUGAGAGAAACAGGGUCACAGAGAGGAAGCGUUUAUUUAUUGCCCAAGAUUUUCAACACUGUGUCAUGUCUGCGUCUCGGAUCAUUUUCUGCUCCUUUUUUUUCUGCUUUUUUUUUCCAUGAAGCUUAAGUUUUCUCUGGACCCUUUGAUGUCUUUACAGUUUCAAAUCUCCAAUGCUGUACAAUCUCAAGUGCUUGGUCUGGUCCUGGUUUGCUAAUGAUGAACUCAAAAGAGUUUUGCAGAUGACUUUCUGUCCUGUAAAAAAAUGGUUUAUUUCUGUAACAUCUUCUCAGGGAGAUGGAAGAUUUGGAGUUUUCAGAUGGCUCCACAUGCUAAAAAUACACAAUACACAAUACAAUGGAUGUAAUAAGCGUUUCAUACCUCAGGGCUGUAAGAACGGAUGGCGACGCUGAGUAAAUGUUCUGUUUGAAGAGAUUGCGUAGAUUUCAGUUUUCAGUUUUGGGAUCAUCGAGAGUUUAUCUAGUGUGCCUCCCAUUGUUCAUGUAUAAUUUGAUAAACCGUGCUUUAUAUAAUC